AUGGCCUUCGCGAAGACUAACGGCUGGACCGGGGCCGUGAUCGCUGGGUGCAGCAAGAGGCAGAAGGAGUUUCAGUUUCACGAUCCACCGGGGUCCAUCAUUUGUGUCAGACACGAGGAUCAUCGGCCGAAGGACGAUAACAUCGGGAAAUGGCUUGUUUCGGGCACCAAGGUCUUGGCGGGGCAUUUUUUCUGGGAUUUCCGACUUAUGGCGGCCCCGCCGUAUCUAAUGGUCACGACUCUGAGGAACCCGCUCGAGCUGUUCGUGUCCGCGUUACAGUUCAAGCACCGGGAUGAGACACGGACAUUGGCGGGGGCUACGCGCUUCGUGACCUCGCAGAUGCGAACAAUAUUGGGGCUGGAGGGUCUUGGGCAGCUUGGUUUCAUCCGCGUCUUCUUGAACGACACCGGCGCGGUUGGCUACAAUCCCAGAGGCGUGUACACACACAACGAGACGUGGGCGAUGGCUGCGGAGUCGGUGGAGCAUCUCAACACCUUCUUGGUGGUGGGAGUCGUCGAGCAGUACGAAGGUUUCGUAGAGGUCUUGAAGCACACCUUGGACCCAGGGCUGGAGAACCCGUCCGUGUGGACCACAGGGGCCAAAGUGCAGAACAAUAAGUCACCAGUUUCUUCCCGGGACGUGCUGCGGAACAUCGACCCCUACCUCGUCAGACUGUACAACGAAACGCGACUGGACUUACAGUGGAAGGUGUACGAGGUGGCGCUGCAGCUCUGGGACUCGCGAUGCCGCGAGGUGCUGCCCCGGUCCGACCACGAGAGGUACUGCGAUGUCCCGCGCCACGCUGAUAUACUAGACUGAGAAACGGUAACAGUAAAUGUUUGCGAUUGGCUUUCGACGACGGAGAAGAACGUGCGUACGUAUUUUGUGGUCAUCACCGCACCCCCCCCACCGGUUCCUCGUGAUACAUACGAAGCAAUUCGGUAUAACCGCCUUGACCAAUGUUUGCCCUUGCUGGUGGGGAUUGUUCGAUAAACGAGACAAAGCCACUGGUGAAUGAAUGUCUCUGAUCGGUUGAUUUUUCCAACAUUGUUGUAAGGCGGUAUCUUCUUCGGAUGCUUGGUUAAUUUGUUCUGAUCGAUGCUGGAGACAUCUAGGGAGGGUGGUUUGAUCGGAUUGGAAGAGAGCAAAGCUCGGGUCAUACAGCAGUGGCUUAGUCGUUAGGUAGAUAACCUCGCAAACUUCUCACGUUUGGGACGUGGGUUCGAAUCUCGGCGCAGUCACAUGACCUGGGAUAUUUUUCUCACAAGAUGCCCAGACAAUGGGGGCAGACAGCGAUAGUUUCGUGCGUAUUCAAGAACUUGAGGUCGACGAGGGAAAAAAAUGGUUACGUCCUUCCCGCAACACAAUUCAAGGCAGGCAAUGUAGAAGAAAGGCGGAGAACAACCCGCGUGUGGCUGUGACCCCGGGUGGUGCUUAUUUUAGCCGAAAGGUAGUGUACGGACUGGCGUCCAGAAAGAAUGUGAUGCCGACAAAACAUUGAAAAUGCAUUUGUUGCGUUUUGUUUGUCUGUGGGUGAUUGUUUCGCGCCAGCCACGUUGUUUAUUUUUUUUCUGUUUUUGUGGAGGCUUGGGGUCUCUUCGAGUAUGUCGGCGAGGGAAAUCAAUGCGCAUCCAUCGGAGUACGGAACAUGGUCAUUUUUCUGCUUUCGGCUCUCGUUGUUCGGAAUGUAAGUCGUUGCUGUUUCGUCUCUCGUUGUACGGUAGCGUGAGUAUUUUCUGUGUUUGUCGCUCGUUGUGGUCUGUUUGGGCGGUGGGAAUCACCACGCCUAGAGCCGAGACAUUGUGGAAAAGCAUGUCCUUGUGUUUUGUUUUGUUGUUGAUGUAUUGAGCGUGGUUUCGCCAUUUAUUCCCGUGGCGGACAUUAGUACCCUGGCCUGGUUGUAUUAAAUUGCUUUCUUGGCGGCCUGGCUGCUGGGGUAAGAAUAAUUGGUUAGUCUUCAACCAUGUCUAGAGUCCAAACGUCACGGACGACGAUAACAGCCAUGGUGAUUGGCUUGAUGGAUAUGUUGAUCUUUC